UUCUCGAAAAUCUGACUUUACCUAAACGCCGCACAGUCGCUCGUUUCACGUCAUCACAGUGCGACUGUUUACAGUACUGAGUGUUGCAUACAUGCCGCCUGAGUUCUACUCGUAGACUGUUUUCACCCGUCGUCUUGUAACUUUGGGAGGAUGACCAUGGAUGUGACUUUCCUCGGGACCGGCUCGGCCUACCCGUCUCCUCACCGCGGUGCCUCGGCUCUGGUGCUGCGGACUGAAGGGGAGUGCUGGCUGUUUGACUGCGGGGAGGGAACCCAGACCCAGCUGAUGAAGAGCCAACUCAGAGCCGGUCGAAUCACCACGGUGUUCAUCUCGCACUUGCAUGGAGAUCACCUGUUUGGUCUCCCUGGUCUCCUUUGCACUGUGAGCCUCAACACCAACCCCGAGCAGCAGAACCUGAAUUGUGUGGAGAUCUACGGGCCGCGGGGCCUCCGCCACUUUUUAAGGGUGACACUUGGCCUCACAGGAUCACAGCUGCUCUUCCCUUAUGCAGUACAUGAGCUGGAGCCCACAACCGACCAGAGUCCAGAAGAGGGACAGCUCAGCCUGGAGAUGACAGCGGAGUGUGGUCCUCUGCACCCUCAGGAGCAGCCGGGCAGGACGAUCUUCCUGGAUGUCUCCAGUGACUGUUACCUCCUCUUUGAAGACAAGAAGUUUGUGGUCAAGGCCUUCAGGUUGUUUCACCGCAUCCCCUCCUUUGGUUUUUGCGUUCAGGAGCAUGACCGACCCGGAAGACUGAAUAUUGAGCUCCUGAAGGAACUAGGCCUGAAACCAGGGCCGCUUUAUGGGCGGCUGAAAGCCGGCAAGCCUGUAACUCUGGAGAGCGGUCGCGUCGUUCUGCCUACUGAGGUGCUGGAAGAAGCUAUUCCUGGUAGGAAAGUCUGCAUCUUUGGAGACUGCAGCUCGGUUCUUGGGGAAGGACCACUGAGGUUGUGCAAUGAAGCGGAUGUUCUGGUUCACGAGGCCACACUUGGGGAUGAGCACCGAGAGAAAGCAGUGGACCACGGACACAGUACACCUGAAAUGGCGGCAGCGGUGGCUCGGGCUUGCUGUGCGCGGAGGCUGGUGCUGUACCACUUCAGCCAGAGGUACAAACCCUGCUCCAUGCGGAAGGAAGGGGACGAGGAUGAUGUGUCAGAGCUCAAGAGGCAGGCAGAAGAUGCUCUACAGGGCAGUGAUGUAGAAGUGACUCUGGCUGAGGACUUUCUUACGCUGCCCAUUCCUCUCAGAAGACCACGUUUUAUUCCUUGUUUUAAAGAAUAACGUUACGUACAAUAAUGUGUGUGUGUGUGAAUCCUAUUUUAUUGUGCCUUUCAUAAUGGUGCUAUCAAACUGGUCCUCUGUUUUCUGUUGAACAGCCACAUUGUGUAAACUGACAGCAUACUUGAACAGAGAGCAAGAAACAAUUUGCUUUGUGUGUUAAACUAUAAUAAAGGAGUUAUGGAGCAACCAAAUCUUUGCUAAUCAGUUUUGUUUGUAUUCCUUUUUUAUCUUCAUUGUCAUUAUUUUUUUGUGCAUGUAUUCAUUUUUCAGCAUCACUCUGUCCCAUAUAGUUUUUUAUUAUAAGAACUAUUAAUCACAGCUACUCUUUGCUUACAUUUUAUUUUAGCUUGAUGGUUGCAUAAAUACAAAUGGUUGUAUUUAUGCGUGUGCGCAUCUCUUCAUUAUUUUUGACCUGAAUAGUGGUGAAUUAAAAUCCUUAUUUUACAAACCUAUUGUGCUUAGUUGUGUAAUUUUUAACUAUAAAAUGUAAACUGCACUAA